AUGGCCGGCUCGCGGCGCGACGCGGACCAGAAGGAGAAGGCCCCGCCGGCGGCGCCGCCGCAGCAGCAGCCGGGGCGCGAGGAGGAGAGGGAGUGGGUGCCGUGGAUCGUGCCGGUCUUCGUGGCCGCCAACGUCGCCCUGUUCGCCGUGGCGAUGUACGCCAACAACUGCCCCGCGCACGCGCGCGGCGGCCGCGGCGGCAGGAAGUGCGUCGGCGCGGGGUUCCUCCGCCGCUUCGCCUUCCAGCCGCUCAGCCAGAACCCGCUCCUCGGGCCCUCCUCCGCCACAUUGCAGAAGCUGGGCGCGCUCGUGUGGGACAAGGUGGUGCACGAGCACCAGGGGUGGAGACUCGUGACCUGCAUCUGGCUCCACGCCGGCGUCGUCCACCUGCUCGCCAACAUGCUCAGCCUCGUGCUCGUCGGGCUCAGGCUGGAGCAGCAGUUCGGAUUUGUGAGAGUCGGCGUCAUCUACCUCGUCUCCGGCGUCGGGGGCAGCGUGAUGUCGUCCCUGUUCAUCAGAGACAACAUCUCCGUGGGCGCGUCCGGUGCGCUCUUCGGGCUCCUCGGAGCCAUGCUCUCAGAGCUCUUCACUAACUGGACCAUCUACACCAACAAGGCGGCGGCGCUGGUGACGUUGCUGUUCGUGAUCGCGGUCAAUCUGGCGAUCGGCAUCCUGCCGCACGUGGACAACUUCGCGCACAUCGGGGGGUUCCUCACGGGGUUCCUCCUCGGGUUCGUGCUGCUCAUGCGCCCGCACUACGGCUGGGCGCAGCGCUACGUGCUGCCGUCCUCCGUCAAGGACGUCGGCCGGAAGUUCCUGGCCUACCAGUGGGCUCUGCUCGCCCUGGCCUCGGUCCUGGUCGUCGUCGGGCUGGCGGUUGGGAUGGCGAUGCUCUUCCGAGGGGUGAACGGCAACGAGCACUGCGAGUGGUGCCACUACCUCAGCUGCGUGCCGACCGCCAGAUGGAGCUGCGGGAAAUGA